UAGGGGAAAGGGAAACCGCUGCGCUGCGCCAUUUUGUUAUUACAUUUGACGUGGUUUAGUAAGAGUGUUUUGUGAGAGAAAUUUCGAUUUCUAUAGUAUUUUCUUGUGGAAUCUACGAAAUAGGCGGAAACCAGGAUGUCGGCCCACGACCAAAUGCGGGCCAUGCUGGACCAGCUUAUGGGAACGGGUCGUAAUGGCGAAACCAACAAAUUCCACGUCAAAUAUAGUGACCCCAGAGUAUGUAAGUCUUUUUUGCUCAGCUGUUGCCCUCAUGAGAUUCUCUCAUCCACGCGUAUGGACUUGGGAGAAUGCCCAAAAAUACACGAUUUGGCCCUGAGAGCUGAUUAUGAAAAUGCACAAAAGCAGAAAGACCAUUUUUAUGAUUUGGAUGCCAUGGAACACCUUCAGGCUUUUAUUGGAGACUGUGACAGAAGAACUGAUGCAGCCAAACAACGCCUGGCCGAAACGCAAGAAGAGUUGUCCGCCGAAGUCGCUGUUAAAGCUAACAGCGUACAUGAACUACAAGAACAGAUUGGUCAAAAGCUUGCCAAAGCUGAACAGUUGGGUGCCGAGGGGCAUGUGGAUGAAAGCAUGAAACUUAUGGAAGAGGUUGAUGACCUAAGAACGAAAAAACUUGAAGCUGAACAGGAAUAUCGUAACUCAAUGCCGGCAAGCAGUUAUCAACAGCAAAAGUUGCGGGUUUGUGAAGUUUGUUCAGCUUAUUUAGGUAUUCACGAUAACGAUAGACGAUUGGCCGAUCAUUUUGGGGGAAAACUUCAUCUUGGUUUUAUUAGGAUCAGAGAGAAACUAAUUGAGUUAGAGAAAACUGCUGAUAAACGUAAAGAGGAGCGCAAAAAGGCUUUAAAGGACAAGGAUCUUAAAGAUGAUGACUCCUAUACUGGUAGAAGAUAUAGAGAACAUUAUGUAGGUGGGCGUGAGUUAGAUAGGCGAUCGCGGAGGCACAGGUCCAGGUCAAAGGAACGGAAAGACCGGAGAGAUAAUAGGGGAGAUCGAGAUAAAGACAGGGAUAGGAAGCGGUCAAGGUCUCGAAGUCGUGACAGGAGUCGCAGGUCGCAUUCUCAUCGAUCUUCUUCAAGUGACAAACGGCGGGACAGAGAUUAAUUUAAAACUUUGUUACAAAAAGUUUAUUAGUUCUUACAAUAAAUAAAGGCUUAUUGAUAAUUUAAACAUUUUUGGGGUUUUGGUAUAUCUAACCUUCUUUGUAUAUGUUGUCUUAAAAAAUAGUUAAAUUGUCACCAACAAAAACUUUUAGUCUAGUGUUGGGUGACGCCCUUCACAAAAGAAUAUGGUUUUAACAGUUCACUAUUAGACUAUUAGUACACAUAGAGGGAUAAGUUAUCAAAUGUAUCUUUAUGUAAUUUUUUCAUAUGUAGCGUAUUAUUUAAGACUUUUAAUGUGUUAUAAUUUGAUCUUUGUUUCAGUAAAAAUCGUUCCACCAGCA